AUGAUAAAUCUAAAUACAUGUUUAAGAAUCUGUCAUGUAGGCUUUUUUAUAGAGGUGGUGGGGUGUUUCUAAAGUCCUGGGUGCGGCCCUGAUCAGCAGAGCGACAUAGGACCUCCUGGAGACCCUUUAACGACCCUUGGGACACCUCGGGCCCCACCUUGGGGACCAUUAAUGAUGAUCUCCUGUAAAGUAGUCCCUCGGCUGGUGGGUCCAUGACAGACAGGUGGCGCUGGUUCGCUGACACUGUCGACCAGUCGGUAGACACAGAAGUUUGUUCUGCGCUGUGUUUUUACGCAGGCGCAGAUCACACUGUUUGUCCAGUUUCGUUGGUUGACUUUUACCUGUGAGGUAGACUAGUUUCGGUUCGCCGCUGGGAAUAAGCGAAAAUAACCACCACGGUCCGAUCCAGUCCUGGUCCAGAGGUGAUAGGACUUUUCCUCCUCCCUUCCCGGCCCCCCGUGUGACUCAGGGGCUCCCACUGCGGAGCGUCAGGACGGGAUUUCUCCGGGAUUUUAGAGUCGGUGCGCAACAGCGAGCAAAGCAGGAGGCAGGUGCACGGGAGAGGACAGGGCAGGGGGGUGGAGGAGGAGGAGGAGGAGGGCUGUUUGUAUUUCCGUGAGAGACUCCGGUCGUUCACACCGGGCCGAAUGAUUGGAAAUCAACUGGUUGGCGCCUCGGCGGUCGAUCUGUGUUAGUUUCAUUAGUAUGCGGCUGGAGUCCCCCCGCUGCUGCCGACAUCCAGCCUGAGGACUGAUCGGCAGCCCUGAAGUCUCCUCCGUGCCUGCUAAGUGACUCCUCGCCCCGGGGAGGACGAGGAGGAGCAGGAGCAGAAGGAGGAGGCGGCGGCAGCAACAGAAGCAGGACCCCGGCUGCACCUAGUGUUGAGUGGAACAGUUUUCACGGACGCACCACGGACCUCCUCGCCUUGUGGAUCAAGAAGAUGAUGGGCUUUCUGCGCCGGACGUUCAGCCGCCGCUCCCGGAGCCGCUUCCAGACGAGAGAGAGGGACGAACGGGACGGUAAAGGAGGAGGAGGUGAAGGAGGAGGAGCAGGAGGGGUGACCGGGAACCCCCUGCUCCUGGCCCAUCAGCAGCAGGUCGUACAUGCGCCCGCCGUGGUCAGCGGAGGAGCGUCGGUCCACAUCCCGGCGGCCGGCACGGCGAGGACCACCAUCACCUGCCGCGUCCUGCUGCUGGACGGCUCGGAUGUCAAUGUGGAUUUACCUAGUAAAUCCAAAGGCCAGGACCUCUUUGAUCAGAUUAUGUAUCACAUAGAUCUGGUUGAGACAGACUACUUUGGAUUGCAGUACAUGGACAUAGAACAAGUCUCACACUGGCUGGAUAUGUCCAAGCUUAUAAAGAAACAAAUCAGAGACGGGCCUCCAUACAGACUGUUCUUCAGAGUGAAAUUUUACUCUUCAGAGCCAAAUAACCUGCGUGAGGAAUUUACAAGGUAUCUGUUUGUGUUGCAGCUUCGACAAGAUAUUCUGUCUGCCAAGUUGAAAUGUCCAUAUGAUGUCUCCGUAGAGCUGGCGUCAUAUUGUUUACAAAGUGAGCUGGGAGACUGUGAUCCCUUGGAGCACUCUCCUGAGCUGGUGUCUGAGUUUCGUUUCAGUCCCAAACAGAGCGAGGCCAUGGAGGCGGACAUCUUCGGCAGGUGGUUGGAGCUCAGGGGAAAGAGUCCGUCUCAAGCAGAGAUUUCUUUUCUCAACAAAUGCAAGUGGCUGGAGCUUUACGGAGUAGAUAUGCACUUUGUCAAGGGUAGAGAUGGAGGAGAAUAUGCACUAGGACUCACCCCUACUGGCAUCUUAGUGUUCGAAGGCUCCAACAAAAUCGGCCUUUUCUUUUGGCCCAAAAUCACUCGACUGGACUUUAAAAAGAGUCGACUCACGUUGGUCGUGGUGGAGGACGACGAUCAGGGUCGGGAGCAGGAGCACACCUUUGUGUUCCAGCUGGCCAGCUCCAAGAGCUGUAAACACCUGUGGAAGUGCGCCGUGGAGAGCCACGCCUUCUUCCGGCUACGUCAACCAACCACGGGCAAGGCCAGCCGCAGCGACUUCACGCGACUUGGGUCCCGCUUCAGAUUCAGUGGUAAAACGGAGUAUCAGGCCACUCAUGGAGGCCGACUGAGGAGAGCCAGCACAUUCGAAAGAAGGCCGAGCAAGAGAUACCCCUCCCGCACACAGUCUCUGGGCAAAGCUUCCAUAUCCCCAGCCAAGCCACCUCAUAUCAGCUCUCGUGCCAGCCCUGAUCCCAGCCUACAUCCAUACCAGCACAAUAUUCCUAUCAGUCACGAGCCAUGGCACCCGCCACAUGCCGCUCUCACACCCCCGGUUUACCUGCAGCCCUCUGGACACACACCAUCACACAGUUUCCCUCUGAGCGGUCCUGCUUCAGACCAUCAGUUCAGCGUUGAAGAGAAUGAGACUUCGUAUUCUGGCAAGAUCCACCACCAUCACCGUCGCCACACACACAGCCAGGACACGCUCUGCCACACACACACCAAGAACAAGCGUCGAGAACGUCCUCCCUGCACUGCAGAUGAGUUGGAAAUCUCUCAGUCUCUGCUCAAGGCUCUGGAGUCAGAAAGUGAUUCUCCCCCGUGGCCUUCGCUGCACGUCAACAUGGACAAGGGAGAGGAGAAGCAGCUGUCUGAAAAGUCUCUGCACCCUCCUGCCUCCCCAGCGAUGCUCCCAGACCACCUGAAGUGUAACAUCCUCAAGGCACAGAUGGAGGCAGCUUUCAGGAAGGAAGCCCCGACAACGCCUAGGGUGAAGAACUCAAAUGAGAUCCUCAAAGACAGGUAUCAGAGCUCGUCACAAGAUUCAGCUGCAUCUAGUCUGACUGCAGACAAGACGCCACAUCGGCAAGACUGCAACCAGACGCCAGAGACACUGCAGUCCAAAGUCAACACGAGCUGCACCCGCAGAAAACGACUGGUCAGACAGUUCAGCUUUAACCAUGAAGAUGAAGAUAAUCUCCCAGAAGCACUUGCAGCCAUCUCCUCCCAGAGUACAGGAAAAUCAGGAUCUACCAGCUCAUUGGACAAACAGAUACAGCCGUCCAUAUAUCCACAGGUGGAUAAUAUGCCAGCACUGGAGCUGGGUAGUCCAUGCUGUCCCUCUCCUUCGCCUUCUCCCCAUCUCUCACCUUCUUACUACCGUAGCUCCAUCCCUCACCUGGCCCCUUACCUUGCUACCCAUAAUGACAGUGGAGAGGAAAUGAGGUUGGACAGAGAGAAGAUCCUAAGAGCCCUCCUGAUGACAGAGCUCUGAGACCUUGACGACUGACCUCGGCUGUGACAUUAUCAUCAUCAUCAGGUGCAGCACACCUCGCAUUAAGUGAGGGAAGUGGAAGCAGAAGACCCAAAGUCAUUGGCUGCAAUCAACAUUUGUACAUGUGCAUAAUACAUUAAGCAGCUAUAAAUAUAUAUUUACAUAAAUGCAAUUGUUAUAUUUGCUUAAUUGUUAUUUUAGAAGGACGAUUCUUUAUAUCCAUCAAACUGUAAAAACUAUAAAUGAGACCCAAAUGAUUAACUCACACACACACACACACACAUUACAGAUAAGCUACAGAUGUAACUGGUGCUGCCUGCAUGAUAAAUAUGUUACAUGAUGAAAUAUUUAUCUGAUUUGAUUUGGGGUUUACGUUUAAGUUUAUAUGUGAUUUCUUCAGCAGUGUGUCCAUGCUGUUGCCUAAACUGUGUUUCAGACAUUGAUUCCUAAACUAGGCAGAAGUCAAAUCACUUUCAAGUCAGUUUGUUCAAAAUGUAAAUAGACAUUGUAAUUAAUACACCGGCAACAAGAACAG